AUGGGAAUCAGGAAGCACCUCAUUAUGAGAAAAUUCAUUGCAGGCUCCGGUUCAUUUGCUGGUGUUGGAUUCACAAGAAAGGAUUUGUACAACAUGUGCUCUAGGGAGAGGAGGAGGCUGCUUUUCGACGGUGACGCUACCACAGCCAUCCGCAUUAUGUCAAAGAGGAGAAAGAGGGACCCUGAAUUUUUCUUUGAAUAUGACGUUGAUGAAAAAGGCCGUCUGAAGCACAUGUUCUGGUGUGAUUCCCAGUCACGUAGGGAUUACCAGGACUACGGAGAUGUGCUGGUGUUUGAUAGCACAUACAAGAUGAAUAAAUAUAAGAUGCCAUUUGUUCCUUUUGUGGGCUUGAACAACCACCGUAGGACAACGGUUUUUGGGUGUGCCAUCCUUUCAAGUGAGAAUGAACAAACAUAUGUUUGGCUUCUAAAGACUUUCCUCAAAGCGAUGUGUCAACAGAAGCCAAAGGCAGUAAUCACGGAUGCAGAUGCCGCGAUGAUCGCCGCAAUCGGCGAAGUAUUUUCUGGUGUGCCGCAUCGCAUCUGCAGCUUCCACAUUGAAAAAAAUAUGGAGAUGCAUCUACCUAACAAGUCACUGAACGAGUUCAGGACUCUUUUGUAUUACACCACCUCAGAGCAAGUAUUUGAGGAGCGAUGGCAUGCAUUUUACAGAAAAUGGCAAUCCCCAAAAACCAGAACAUGGAUGAAGAGGAUGUACACCAAGAGGAAACUUUGGGCUGCAGCGUAUCUCUCUCAAGGAUUCUGGCUGGGUAUGAAAAGUAACCAGCGGAGUGAAAGUUUAAACUCUUGUCUGCACCUGCACCUAGAUGGGGAAAUGACAAUUGUUGACAUGAUUAUGCACUACGAUAACGCAAUUGUCCGUCUCCGUGAGAACGAAGCCCACGACGAUCGCACGGCUUCACGUGAGCUUUCAAAGAUUGGCGGCAUAGAGAUCUCAGAAAAAAUGCAGGCAGGAGACUCAAACAUCUUCAUUGUGGCAUGGAGGAAUAAUGUAAGGACCAGGUUCUACGUGGAAUAUAGACCCAAGGACGCAGAAAUUAUAAGGAAUGUGCUGCAGCAGGAAGGGUAG